GGCGGGGCCCGGGCCAGAGCACGAGGGCCUGCAGGGCGCGGGCCGGAGCGGAGGCGCCCAGGAGAUCCGAAUCAGGACCCGGAUCAGGACCCGGCGCGGGAGCCAUGGCGUCGUCCGGGCCGGCGCGGCUGCUGCUGCUCGUGCUGCUGGCGGGGACGGCGCGGGCCAGCCUCUACUUCCGCUCAGGCCAGAGCUGCUAUCGGCCCCUGCGGGAGGACCAGCUGUUCAAGCUGGGGCGCAGGACAUACCCUCGGCCUCAUGAGUACCUCUCCCCAUUGGAUCUGCCCAAGGAGUGGGACUGGCGCAAUGUGGAUGGCAUCAACUAUGUCAGUGUCACCAGGAACCAACACAUCCCCCAGUACUGCGGCUCCUGCUGGGCCCACGGCAGCACCAGCGCCAUGGCAGAUCGGAUCAACAUCAAAAGGAAGGGGGCGUGGCCCUCCACCCUGCUGUCUGUGCAACAAGUCAUCGACUGCGGCCAGGCGGGCUCCUGCGAGGGGGGCAAUGACCUGCAGGUGUGGGAGUACGCCCAUGAGCAUGGCAUCCCUGACGAGACCUGCAACAACUACCAGGCCAAGGACCAGGAGUGUGACAAGUUUAACCAAUGUGGAACAUGCACUGAAUUCAAGGAGUGCCAUCCCAUCCAAAACUACACCAUCUGGAAAGUGAGCGACUACGGCUCCCUCUCCGGAAGGGAGAAGAUGAUGGCAGAAAUCUACAAAAAUGGCCCCAUCAGCUGCGGUAUAAUGGCCACAGAAAAGAUGGCUAACUACACCGGAGGCAUCUACGCCGAAUAUCACGACACGGCCUUCAUAAACCAUAUCGUCUCUGUGGCCGGGUGGGGUGUCAGUAAUGGGAUCGAGUACUGGAUUGUCCGGAAUUCAUGGGGUGAACCGUGGGGCGAGCGAGGCUGGAUGAGGAUAGUGACCAGCACCUAUAAAGACGGGAAGGGUAACUAUUACAACCUCGAUAUUGAGAAGUCCUGCACAUUUGGGGACCCCAUCGUUUAAGGCAGAUGUCCCCGGAAGAGCAGUGUUUUAAGAAAUAUCACGAACUAUAACCAGAGGGGAUCCGAUCUAUUGUUACAGGCACUGGGUUGUUACUGCCAUGGUUUGAAGGAACUGGGGGUUGAUAUUCAAAUCAAACUGGUAUCUGUCAUCUGGUAAUGGCAGUGAGCACCUAGAAGGGGCGCCUCAACAUGCAGACCGAUGUGGUACCGGCUGAAAGAAUAUUCCCGAGAGAAGAGUCUAUAGUGGGAUGCCUUAAACACCCGCAGAGGACUGCUCCCCUGCCAUGACGAUAGCCUCCAUUUCCUUCAAUAGAUGGUUCGUUAUUUUCUCUUUGGCAACUGUGAUCUAUGAUGUGGCAUUUAAGAGGUAAAACAGUUUAGAUUUAUCACCAGUUCUUAUGUCAUCUUAGAAUCAAUGGUGGGGACAGACGGGGGCGAUGGCAAUUUCGAAUUGCCCAAGCAAUGAAUAAAAUAUGACUGCACACAA